AUGUCUACAGACAUCAAGCCAGAAGAAAGUGAAGAAAAGAAUCCACAUGAGGUGAGGGUAAUUCUGGUUCGUGUGAUUGGGAGCAUAUGUAAGAGUGAUGAUAUCACAAGUUCAUCAGAAAACAUCCACAUUCUUCUGAACUCUGUGGUAGACCUCAUCAAAAGCAACAGCCCCGUUAUCUUUGAAGCAGAACAUCAAAAGCGUGAUGAUGUGAUCAAUAAUCAAUCUGGUUCUUCCUUCGACUAUUUUGCGUCAUUCACGUAUGCAUUCAUUCCUUCACUUUCCCCGAUUCCAUCCCAUCUCCUGCCUUCCUGUGCUGACUCCAUGCAGGUGCACAAUGUGCUCAUGUCCAUCCCACCUCUGGCUCUCCCCUUGAGCAUCGAUCCUGGUUGUGCAGUGGUUGCAUCAACUCCUUAUUCCCUUAAGGACAUUAGAUGUAGUUCCUACCUCUUUGCACUGAUUGUCCUUUCUUUCCUGAAGUGGCUGCUGCACCACCUGCUGCUUUUCUUGAGCAAAGAUGGGCUUCAGGACCUUGGAGACAAAUCUUUUUCCCUUGUUAAAGAUAUUCUUCUUGGUGUUGGUCAUCAUAGCAGAGUCCACUUCCAGCUCCUUUUCUGCCACCUUCAGUCUAUGAUGGAGAAACUCCCAAAAAUGCUGGAGGAGUUGGAGUCAGGCCAUGAAGCUAUCAUGAGCUUGGUCUGUUUUGAUGGAGAACCUCUAUCCUUGGAUGCAGGAGAAUCUUUCCCUAUCAGAAGCAUUGAUUUCUCUUCUCCAGAAACUUUAGAACACUUCACAGUGAUCAUGCUGAAGGUAAGAUCUGUUCCAGAAUCAAUUCUGAUGGUUUUGAGUGGUUUGCUGGAUGAGAUGAUGAAAUGCAUCAACAUGUCUUUACACAAUGGUCAAUCUGCCAUCGUUACCAGUAGGGCUGCCUCAUUUGCCCUCACCUGCAUGCGUAAAACAAAGUAUGCUUGGGUUCCACUUCAUCUGGCAAUAAAGGAGAAAUUAGGAGAAGUUGAGAUGGAAGCCUUUAAAACUCAUGGUAUCACUAGAGGAUUGAAAAGAAAGCACUCUGGCCCUCACACUGAAGUUGAUCAGUGUGGUAAACCAUCUGUUCUUCUAUUGGAAAAGCUGAGCAUUCAGGUUGAAGGUAUCCUAACUGCUGGCACAGGUUCUCAAGAGGACACGAUGCUAUUAUACAAUGCUGUCAGAGCCUCAUUAUUCAAGCAAGAUUCCUGCACUGUAGGUUUCAGCAGUGGCUUAAAUGAAGAGAUGAUGUUAACAAGGAUUCCAGACUUCUUCUUGAGUUCCAUAGAGAAGGGCAUUGAUAGAGCUGCCUGGUCCAUUGUGCAAUUGACAGUAGUGAUUGUACUCAUGGCUGAAUUUGAGGCAGAGGCUUGGCUUCAACUUGCAUGCCUGCCAUAUGUGAGCAUUGUGGAUGGAAGCCCAUUCAAUCAGAACAGGAGGCUUUUGGCAAUGAGUGAGAAGCUGGAAGGCUUCUCAUCAGAUGGAAAUUUUGACAUGCUCUGUGUGAUCCCAAGGAACAUUCCUUGGAAGCUGCUGGUCAUACGACAUCUCAUGGCAACUCUUGGGGGAAUGGAAAUAUUGUCAAAUAGUUUAUCUUUUGCCAUCGCCACAUUGGGAAGCUCUGGGUCAAUUCUUCUGAAGGAAUAUGUGGAAGAGCUGGGGAAACUGAAGGCGAAGAUGUCUUUCAUGCCAAGCACUAAAGGCCUUACUGAAUCUCUUUUUGAUCUCUUGUGUGCCCUUAGCCUCUCAACUAGGUUUGACAACAGUGAUAUCGAGGACAUGAAAUGGAAGUUGAAGCUCAGAUGUUUCCAUUGUGGAAGAGAUUCAGCCAAGAAAUGUUCUCCUGAGGAUCUCAGAAGGAUUUCCGCCUUACUAAAGAUGAUCUUGACUGACUCAAAUGAGUAUGAUCUUCUCAUUGCCAUGGUCACAUUGGAGAAGAGCAUUGGAAUUCAUGUUGACUUGACCAAAGAAAUCCUGGAGCCAAUCCUUUCUCUCCUAAGUCAUAAAUCUUACAGUGUGCGCAUGCAGGUCUCAGCCUUGUUGCCAAAGCUCCUUUUUGGGAAGGAUGGGAAGACAUUUACCAUGGUUGAAGAUGGAGAAGAAGAUGCAUUCCAUACUGUUCAGGUUGAAAUGCUCAAUCACAAACUAUCAGAAGUGGAGCAAUAUGUCCUGGAUGAAGUGAACCGAGUAAUUUCUGAAGCCCAGAACAUCACAACUAGCGUCACUGGCUAUUAUGCCAUCUGCUCCCUUGCCAGUGUUGGGAGACUUCAAGCAGAGCUGGUGACUGGGAUCCUGGAAGGAUUGGUGUCACCAGAGCCAGUGGUUGGUGUGACUUGUCGUCAAGCUCUGGAGCAGGCUCUUCAUCUCCUCCCUCUAACACCUCGACAAUUCUGCCUCAUUCAUAGAAGGAAUAUUGCCAAGAUUCUGGCAUCUUAUCUAAUCGAAGCUGAUGGAAAUGGAGUGGAUCCUGCUGUUCCACUGCAAAGUGUUGCUGAGAGUUUGGGCUGUGUUGAUGCCAAAUCCCUGGCACUAGAUCUGUGCAAUCACAUAGUGUCUCGUCUGGUUGCCUGGGCUGCAUUAGGCAAUUCUUCCUCCCCCCUCCGCAAGUUUCUUACCUUCCUCAACAAACGAUACAAGCCCACCUUCUCCAAUGCAUUUCCUAACAUCUUUGUCCUGGCAACAUAUGAGGGUCUAGAGCUGGAGAAGAUCUUGACUUUUGUGAACCAGGAGACUGAAGGACGACUUCUAGAUGUCAUGCGUUCUGCUGCACAGGUUUCCAUUCAAUUUUAUUCCUUCUUGAAAUGGACAGAAGAAGAAAAAGGUAAAAAGUACAACACUUUCUUGGACUUGCAAAACGAAUUGUUGCUCCAACUCUCCUCAAAUAUGGAUAGAGGAAAGAUGGCACUGAAAGUCCUUAUGGAUUUAGAAGCUGAAACUUCAAACUCCCAGUCAUGCAACAACAUUAGUACAUUCCUCAUGCCUCGGAUCUUGGGGGUCCUGUGCUUCCUGAACCGUCGGAUGCAACAUCCCGGGAUUGCCCUUGUUGACAAAAGACGCAUUGUCUCUUCUCUGGCAAAGAUCAUAGAGCUACUUCAGUGUGAACACUUGACCACACUUCGCCAUAACUUCAUUUCCACCCUUAAGAUUGCAACAUCCUUCUCUGAUGCUGACUUCCCUCUUCUAGCAGUUGAAGCCUGGCUUCAAUUUGCUUACAAGAUCAAGAAGGAAGUCCUACCAUCACUGAUGGCUGAUAUGGCAAUAGCAGUGCAGCCUCUUCUGGAGUCAGUUCCUGAGAGUGCAUCACAAGUCAUCAACUUCCUCCUCAUUGAGAAUCGCAAUGCUCUGUUGGAGUGUCCACAUGACCUCACUUUCCUCCCUCACAUCCCUUACCUGGAUCAUGCCUGGAAUGUACUGCAGGAAGUCCAACAGGGUCAAAGGAACAGGAGCCAAGGACUGUCAAAGGAAUUACAAGAUGCUCUACGAGGUGUGAAGGAGGAAAACCUAGAUCUCCGCUGGCAUGGUCUCAGGAAACUUCGGGACCUUCUUACUCAGAAUCAGAGGGAUGUGCAUCAACUCAUGCUCCUGAAUGAAGAUGUGGAUCCUGUAAUCCCUCAGUCUUGUAGAGAACAAGAUGAAGUGAUGAGAGCCCUUGUUGGGGAGUGCCUUGGUGCCAUGGGGGCUGUAGACCCUGGGAGGCUUCAUAUUGUCAACCGCUUUCAAGUCAGUACAUCAGUGUUCUACAUGUCAAUGGGAGAUGAGGAAUUCCUCAAGGAAAUGAUUCAGGAAUUAACAAGAGCCUUUCUUGCUGCCCAGAGCCCUGGUUUCCAAGACUGCUGUUCCUAUGCCCUCCAGGAAGUGCUAAAGGUCUUGGAUGUUGGAAGCCCUGGAGAUUCCAAAGGAGAAGGGUUCUGGGCCUCUUUCCCUGAAGAAAUUCGAGGUAUUCUUUCCUUCCUCCUCCAUACAAAGUACAUAGAGGCCUCAGAUGUCCCCUCAACCUUUGCAAUACCCAUCUACAAGAAGGAUGGAAUGUGGUUCAGUGAAUGGUUGGGUCAAUGGACAUUAAGCCUUUCUGCAAUGGUCACGGAUCCUAUGACUAAAGGAUUGUUGAAGGCAUGUAAGCCUCUCCUUCGUAAAGAUGUCAACAUUGCAAUUUUCCUUCUUCCUCAUGCUCUACUCCAAGCUGUUCUACAAGGAUCUGACCAAGAUCGUGCCAACAUCCUCACAGAAAUCCUCACCAUACUCCGGGAUAUCCAAGAAGAGGGAGAUGGAGGUGAGAUGCAUGAAGAGAGGGUUCAUCAUGCUCAGACUAUUUUUGCUGCCCUGGACCAUUUAACCAAGUGGCUUCCCAAGAGACAUGAAACCCAUGGAAAAUCAGGUCGCAGGGGAGAUGAGGUCAAGACUGCCCUCCAGGACCCACAGUACCAAACCGUUAAAGGGUUCUUGAAGCAGAUUCCUGACAUGCUGUUGGCUGAGGCAGCACGUCAUUGUGCAGCAUAUCGACGUGCUCUUCUCCAUCUUGAGAAGCAUCUCAAGUCUCACCCCUAUGAAAUCCAGAAUCAGCUCAAUUUCCUCCAGGAACUGUACCUGCAUCUGGAUGAGAGCGAUGGAGUGGUUGGAGCAAGAGCUAUUAGGGCUAGUGCACCAUCUCUCACCCAGGAAGUCAGGGAACAUCAGGCAGCUGGUCGGCUUCAUGAUGCUCUUGCCUGCUAUGAACAGGCACUUCGCCAGGACCCACUCAAUGUGGAACUAUCGAUUGGACGACUUUGGUGCCUCAUGGAUUUGGAUGCUCCACACACUGUUCUUCUCAUGUCUCGUGGGAUCUCAGAACAGACGCCACAGCUAAAGAGUGCAGUGGAGGAGGUGCAAGCAGAAGCAGCCUGGCGCCUUGGUCAGUGGGAUGGAAUUCCAGAAACUAAGGAUCAUAUGUCAUGGUCUUUAGGCCUGGCUCAGGCCCUGAAAAGCAUCCAUGAUGGAGACUGGGACUCCUGGCGGAAGCGACUGAAUGCCCUUCGUCUUCAACAAAUGGGCCUUCUUUCAGCUGCCAGCCUGGAGAUGGGUUCCUAUGAUCGAGGAUACCUUGAGAUCCUGCGGCUACAUAUGUUAUGGGAAGUGGAGCAGAUGGUGAAAAGUCUAAUCCAAAAGAGUAAUGGGUCAUCAUCUUCCCUGGAGGAGUGGGUAGAACGGCGGAAAAUUGUCCAGCCAUCCAUUCGAGGGCUGGAGCCACUCCUCCGCCUCAGGCGUUGUCUCUAUGGUCUUGCCCAAGAUCCUCCUGGCUCUCUUCAAAAUGAGAUUGGGCUCCUCUGGAUCAAAAGUGCCAAGCUUGCCCGCAAGUCAGGGCACAUGCAGGAAGCAUACAGUCACCUCCUUAGUGCAUCCAACUGUGGAUUCCAUUCCCCUGCUAUCUUUCUUGAGGAAGCUAAGUGGCAUUGGGCAAGAGGAGAAGCUGAGGCAGCCUUGAAUGCCCUGAGACGUGGGAUUCAAAAACAUUUUGGAGCCAUCACAGAUGCCUUCAAGACUCCCUCUACCUCAUCUUCUGUCAACACCAAUGCCUUAUCUUCUGCUGAUUGCAUUGCUGCUGCCAAAGCUUGCCUCUUGCUGGCCAAGUACAACGAAGAGGGAGGAUAUCUAGAUACAUUGGUUGUGGCAGACAAGUACCGAGAAGUAAUCCAGCUGAAUCCAAGUUGGGAAGAAGGAUACUUUCAUCUGGCACAUUGCUAUGACCGUAUCUCAGUGAACCUUGACAAGGACAAGAAAGUAGAUCUGCAAAUUAAGGUUGUGAACUACCUGGGUCGAUCCCUACAUUAUGGUCAUCGCUAUGUGUACCAGAGUCUCCCUCGCAUGCUGGGGAUUUGGUUGGACUUUGGGUCUCUGGUGGCUGACAAUGAUCGACAAAAGAAGCCACCGAGCAAUUCCAACCUUCCAUCAAAUGCCCAAGAUUCCAUCACCAAGAUGACAUCUCUCAUCAGUGGGACUAGUGAACGAGAGGUAUGCCAGGUAUGCAGAGUCUGUAGCUUGGAGGAGCGACUAGGGGAGCUAUCGGGAAGGCUCAUUAGCGUGGAGGAGGAGAUUAGGGGGAUCAGGAAGGAGGUGGGCGAGGUACAGAGGGAUGAUUUAGUGGCGAGGGUAGUUAGGGUGGAGGAGGCACUCCGGGGGUUCCCCAGCCUUCCGGACUUUACUGGGAGGGUGGCCCUUUCGUCCUUUGACAGCGCGUCGAGUGCCGACUCCCAGGUGGCUAGUCAGCAUGCAGAACACAUUGCACCUCACAUAUGGAUGACAGCACUACCACAACUGGUUUCCCGCAUCUGUCACUCUCACCCGGCUGUCUUCGGCCAACUGAAGGCUCUGAUCUCACGUCUUCUCCUCGACUACCCUCAGCAGACCAUGUGGAUGAUGCUGGCUGUCUCCAAGUCCUCCUAUGCAGUGAGGGCAAGACGCUGCGAGGAGAUCUUUAACUCUGUUACUUCCCCUAGUGCAAAAAAGUUCCUCAGAGAUUCCCUCUGCCUUGCCGAUCGUCUUAUCGAGCUUGCCAACAAGCAACCAGAAUCGGGAACAGGAGGAGGGAAGAUGAGCAUGCAACAAACAUUCGGCCCAUUGGUGCGGCUCGUGAAUGACCCAGAGUUCAGUCGCAUCAUGAUCCCUUUCCAGCUCCAUAUGACUGUUAAUCUCCCCAGUGAAAAGGGUACUUCAGGACCCUUGCCCUCCACCACCCAGAACCCAUUCCGUUUAGAACCAGUGUGGAUUGGAGGUUUUGAGGACUUGGUUGAAGUCAUCACAUCACUUCAGAAACCAAAGAAGAUCACCAUUCAGGGAUCAGAUGGGAAAAAGUACUCCCUCAUUUGCAAACCCAAGGACGAUUUGCGGAAAGACUGUCGACUGAUGGAGUUCAACGGGCUGGUGAAUCGUAGCCUUCUCCGGGAUGUGGAGGCUCGCAAGCGCGGACUCAACAUUCGAACUUACGCUGUGGUGCCCCUGAAUGAAGAAUGUGGAAUCAUUGAAUGGGUGCCAAAUCUUGUUGGAUUCCGUCCCAUCCUGCUCAAAAUUUACCGUGAGGAUGGCAUGAUCACCACAAGCACUGAGCUGAAGCAGAUGAUGGUGGGAUUGAAGGAGAAGUUGGAGGUGAAGCGAGAUGCUUUCAUCAACAAAUUCCUCCCCCGUCACCCUCCGGUUUUUUCCCGUUGGUUUCAUCGAACCUUCCCCGACCCUCAGGCUUGGUACGAAGCCCGAAUCUCGUACAUUCGUACGACGGCGGUCAUGUCCAUGAUCGGCUAUAUUCUUGGACUCGGCGAUCGUCACGGGGAGAAUAUAAAUUUUGAUGCCGGGACUGGAGAUACCGUCCACGUGGACUUCAACUGUCUCUUCAACAAGGGUGAAACGUUCGACUGGCCCGAGAGAGUGCCAUUCCGCUUGACCCACAACAUGUUGGAUGCGAUGGGACCCCUCGGUGUGGAAGGGACAUUUCGCAAAGCCUGCGAAGUCACAUUGAGGGUCGUACGGAGCCAUAAAGACGCUUUCGUCUCUGUCCUUCGCUCCUUCGUCUACGAUCCUUUGGUGGAAUGGAGCAAACCCUCUAGAGGAGCGGCAAGGAACCAAGCCACGACCGGGGAGGUAUCCAACGAGAAGGCACUCGUGCACCUGAGAGACAUAGAACGGCGGAUCGACGGCGCGGUGAGAAAGUACGGGAAAGCGACGGGGCUUCCGUUAGCCGUCGAAGGUCAAGUGGAAUACCUGAUUCAGGAAGCGACGAAUGUGGAGAAUCUGGCCCAGAUGUACAUCGGCUGGGCCGCCUACAUGUGAUUCAGAGAGGAGGGAACGUUGCUGAUCUCUUCCCUGUUGUAAAACUUACUUACUUUGUUCUUAAUAAAAAAAAUAAGGAUGAUCCCUGUGCAAUA